AUGCCCAUCACAAUCCUUGCCCCGAGGGGCACGCCGUCACAGCACAAGCCCACACACUUUGCCGCUGCCGCCGACUCGGAUUCGGACUCUGAAGGCGGCGUCGAUAUCGAAGGCGACAUUUCCAUGCGCCCGGCGAAGCGCUCCCGUGGCGACAACUACGAGAUUGUCACACCGGGCGAGGUCAUCACCGAUGACCCCCAGUGGAUGAGAGGCCACGGCACCUACAUCACCCCCACGACGACAGACAUCGUCUCCUCCGUCGCUGGCACCGUGACCCGCACCAACAAGCUCCUCUCCGUCCGCCCCCUCCGCGCCCGCUACACCCCCGAGAUUGGUGACCUGGUCGUCGGUCGCAUCGUUGAGGUCCAAGCGAAGCGCUGGCGCGUCGAUGUCGGCUCCUCGCAGCUCGCCAUCCUCCAGAUUUCGGCCAUCAACCUCCCUGGCGGCAUCCUCCGCAAGCGUACCGACACGGACGAGUUGCAGAUCCGGUCCUUCUUCGCCGAGGGCGACCUGGUGGUGGCCGAGGUCCAGCAGCUGCACCAGGACGGCGCUGCUAGCCUGCACACGCGCUCCCUCAAGUACGGCAAGCUACGCAACGGCGUCUUCGUCGCCGUCACGGGCACCGGUGGCGGCGGCGGCGUCGUGCGGGCCAAACGGCAGCAAUGGGUUAUGGACGCAGCGCGGGGCGCGAGCAAGGUGCAUGUCACACUGGGCGUUAACGGCUUCAUCUGGAUCAGCAAGCACGUCGAGAGCGACGUGCCCGAGAGCGUGGGGCUCAACCGCAUGGAGGAGAGUGUCAGUGCCAACGUCUACUCAAGCCAGAACGAUCGGAUUGACACCGAGACGAUGCGCGAGAUCGCGCGGAUACGCAGCGUCAUCCUGGCGCUGGUGGAGAACGGAUUGAGAGUCGAGGAGGACCUGGUGGUCAGGGGGUAUAAGGAGGCAGUCGAAAUGGGCCUGGAGAGCGUCGACGACGACAUUUACCUCGGCGGCGAAAGGGGGAAGAGGCUCGCUGAGACUCUGCUGAGGGAAUAG